GCUGAGACCUCCAUGUCACCUCUGAGGGGUGGGAGCAGAGCUGAUUACAUAACGCUGCUCAAUAUCUGAGUAAUAACUGCUGACGCUCUCUGACCUCCUGCCUCUUCGCUGUUCCGAAGUUCGUCCUCAGUGCAGGUCAACAGAGUGAGAACAGCCUCAGUAGCUGCCAUGGCUGCCUUCCUUCAUCACUGCCCCUUCUUGAAGUCGGUUCCAAAGCCGGCUUUAAGGAGAACCGGAGUCUUCCUGUUGUCUAUGGCGGACCAAUGCCCCAUCAUUACCCGUCAGAUCACUGUGAGCAGCUCAGCCUCUCUGGAGGCCGAGCUGAGCCUCUCACCCACCAAACUAAAGAAUCACCAUCUUCCCAUGUUGGACCAGAGGAAGUCGUACGCUCAGACCGCUACUCAGGUCGCUGUGUCGGUAUCCAAGGACUGCCCGUUCGUCUCCUCUCAGAUCGGGAUGGUCCGAGCCAGCGCUGAGGUUCAGGAGGAUGUCCAAGAUGGUUUGGUGACCUCUCUGUUGAAAGGUUUAAAGAACUCAGUGUUCCCAGCAUCAGCUCAAACCAACACCAUCACCCACCUCCUCAAAGACAACAUGGUCGGCCCCAGCUACGACUACGACCGCUUCUUCAGCGAGAAGAUUGCUGAGAAAAAGAAGGACCACACAUACAGAGUCUUCAAGACGGUGAACAGGAGCGCCGAGGUCUUCCCUUUCGCAGAGGAUUACUCCAUUUCCGGACGGGAAGGCUCCCAGGUGUCCGUCUGGUGCAGCAACGACUACCUGGGAAUGAGCCGGCACCCUCGGGUCCUCGGUGCAAUCAGUGAGGCCCUGGAGAAACAUGGUGCAGGAGCAGGUGGGACCAGGAACAUCUCCGGCACCAGCAACCUCCACGUGUCUCUGGAGAAGGAGCUUGCUGAGCUACACCGGAAAGACGCAGCCUUGGUUUUCUCCUCCUGCUUCGUGGCAAACGACUCAACCCUUUUCACUCUGGCCAAGAUGCUGCCAGGGUGCGAGAUCUACUCCGAUGCAGGAAACCAUGCAUCGAUGAUUCAGGGCAUCAGGAACAGCGGAGCCAAACGCUUCAUCUUCCGUCACAAUGACAGUAAACACCUGGAAGAGCUGCUGAAAAAGUCAGACCCCAAGACGCCCAAAAUAGUGGCAUUCGAGACCGUGCACUCAAUGGACGGUGCCAUAUGUCCUCUGGAAGAGCUGUGCGAUGUGGCGCACCGUUACGGAGGCCUGACGUUUGUGGAUGAAGUCCACGCUGUGGGCCUGUACGGAGCCCACGGAGCGGGAGUGGGCGAGAGGGACAAUGUCAUGCACAAGAUUGACAUCGUUUCUGGGACCUUAGGCAAGGCCUUCGGUUGUGUUGGAGGUUACAUCGCCAGCAGCGCCGCCCUGGUGGACACGGUGCGCUCCUACGCGGCGGGCUUCAUCUUCACCACUGCUCUGCCCCCGAUGGUCCUGGCCGGAGCCCUGGAGUCCGUCCGGGUCCUGAAGAGUCCGGAGGGGCAGGUUCUCCGCCGAGCCCACCAGAGGAACGUCAAGCACAUGAGGCAGCUGCUGAUGGACAAAGGCCUGCCUGUGGUCAACUGCCCCAGCCACAUCAUCCCCAUCAGGGUGGGAAACGCUGAGCUGAACACCAAAGUGUGCGACAUCCUGCUGGAGAGACACAACAUCUACGUCCAGGCCAUCAACUACCCCACGGUGCCUCGCGGUGAAGAGCUGCUGCGUCUGGCUCCGUCUCCCCAUCACAACCCCGACAUGAUGGAAUACUUCGUGGAUAACCUGGUGGAGGUGUGGCAGGAGGCCGGUCUCCACCUCAACAGCCCGGCUACAGCUUCCUGCACCUUCUGCGACCGUCCACUGCACUUCGACCUCAUGAGCGAGUGGGAGAAAUCCUACUUUGGCAACAUGGAACCGCAUUACAUUACCGUGUCUGCAUAAUACCAAAGCGCACGUUGCAAGUUCCACUAACAGUACAUGCAUAAAUAUAAUACAGUAUUCAUAAGGCUAAAUGCUAAAGUUCUACUUCAGACACACAGAGAAGAGUGCUAUUGUCACGAUGUUGUGUUUAAAUUAUCUUUAAUGAAAGUGAUACGGACUGAAUUCCAGUAUUCAUUUAUGUUUUUCUGUAUUUUCUGCAUUACUAAAUUGUUUGCUGCCAUUGAUAUGAUUAAAGGAAUGCCUCCUCCAUUUUCAACGUAUAAAUCCUGCACAUUUGACACUUUCUUAUAUCUAUAUCUAGGUGUGGUGGUUUGAAUUAAAGCAUGCUAUUAAAUUUAA